CAUACUUGUAUAGUACGCUUGCUUCUGGCGGCACUGUUGAUCGACUUAGUGUAGCAUCGUUUUAAAACAUGUCAGAAAAGGGGGAAGUAGAUUUAACUGGUGCCAAACAGAAUACCGGCGUGUGGCUUGUAAAGGUACCCAAAUACCUUUCUCAGCAAUGGGCAAAAGCAACAGGCAGAGGCGAGGUUGGGAAACUCCGGAUCUGCAAGAAAGGAAACCAGGGAAAAGCAGAGGUGAGCUUCACUUUGAAUGAAGAGCUGACUGUGAUUGAAGGUAAAGAUGCCAAGACGGUGUCUGCACCUCGUGAUCACCCGUUCACCAUGCAGACAGUGGGAGGUCAGACGUUGGCAGUCUUCACAGAGAAUUCAUCAGGCCAGUCAGAAGAGAGAUCUGACGGCAGCAGCUCAGGUUCGGGGGCGGGGUCAGGUCCAGAUAAAAUAGCCUUGGAAGGAGUGGUGGUGCAGAGAGCAGAGUGUAGACCUGCUGUGAGUGAAAGCUACAUGAGGCUGAAGAGGUUACAAAUAGAAGAGUCCAGUAAGCCAGUCAGGUUGUCACAGCAACUGGACAGAGCUGUCACCAGCAACUACAAACCUGUGGCCAACCACACUUACAAUCUGGAGUACGAGAGGAAAAAGAAGGAGGAGGGCAAGAGAGCCCGAGCUGACAAACAGCAGGUGUUGGACAUGUUGUUUUCUGCUUUUGAGAAGCACCAGUACUACAACAUCAAAGACCUUGUGGACAUCACCAAACAGCCUGUGUCUUACUUGAAGGAAAUCCUGCGGGAUAUCGGCAUCUACAACAUGAAGGGAACACACAAGAACACCUGGGAGCUCAAACCAGAGUACAGACAUUACCAAGGCGAGGAAAAGACUGAUGAAUAGUCAUGACUCUUCAGAGGUUGACGCACCACUUCCUCCACUGAUGGGGUUCUCUCCUCCAGAUCAGUCCUCGGGAGCUCAUGACUUAUUUCCUUACAUCAUGUCUCAACAAAAAAAGAUGAUGACAUUAAGCUGAGGCUGAGUUCUACAAGGAGGGGUUGUUAGGUUGUAAUAUUUGUAGGAGACAAAGAGGAGUUAACACUCAAGUGUGCACCAUCUCCUCCUGAUGGGGUUUCACGGCGCCUGCUGUUUGGUUGGUCAUUUUUUAUGUUAAGGGCGUAGGAUAUAGAAUCACGUGAAAGAUGUAUUAUGGACACUGGUUCUUAGCACUGAAUUUUUUUAAAUGUUUUGAAAUAAAUAUCAGGUAAGGGGUUUUAAAAUGACUUGGGAAGAUAAAUUCAGCCACAAUUUGUAUUUUUGAAUAUUCAUUAAAAUGCUUCAUUGCUAGAAUCUUAAAAAUGCAUUUCCAGAUGUCAAAUUUCCACUGUUUGAAUUUUGAGGUGUUUUCCAUUUGAAUGACUGAUGUGUGCAAUAAAUGUUUAAAAGAAAA